AAAAAGCUUUAAUAAAAACAAACAAAUAAAAAUACAAUAUAACAUAAAUAAUGUCAACCUAUGGUUUCUAAGUCAAUAUAUGGCUCCCAGGGAAUGAUUUCUAUUUGAGUUUGAAACCACUGAUUUAUAUAGAAAUAUGAACUUUAUUCUCCAUAAAUUUGUCUUCCAAGGCCUCAUGUGGUUAUGGAGAUAACCUGAGUUUUAGAAGGUUAGGCCAGUGGUACACAGGCUUUGGCAGCUUCUGCUUACAUUGAUAGAAAAAAAGCUUUUCAGAUAUGUUUUUCAAGAGCUGACCUUGCCAUAUAUAAUGAGGUUCAUCACCAGUAGCUAGUUGGUAAUAAACUUCUUGGCCAGGAAGCUCUCAUGAAACAAAAGAAAAAUCACAAAAUGGCCAUCAGUUUUAGGUGCAAUGACAGUUCUAGAGUAGCAAAAAAGGGGGGAACAGGGUUCUAGGAAUCCCCCGUUUGCAAAUUGCUUCUAAGUUGAGAGGCAACUUGUCAUAAGGAAUGAUGAGCUGACUUUGGAGACAGGAAGCCCUGGCUAAGGACUCACAUACUGUGAGACCUUAGUUAGACAAUGACUCUCUGGGUACUGUCUAGCAGUCUCUAAGGUUCUGAGCUGCAAAGAAGGUACUUAUAUAUGAUAGUAAAGAAAUAAUUUCCUCUCCAGAGAAUUCCCAGUACAAUGAAAUCACAAGUCCAUUUCCUAUCCUAUGUAAAUAUUGACUUUUUAAUUGAUAUUCUGUUCAACAAUUAGAAUAAAUGGAAGGAAGAAUCCUUAUUGUUCAGGCUAGCAUAUAAACCCAGAGAGCAGGUUCCUCAAUAUGUAUAUAUUGGGCAGAUGGGGAAAAAUAGUAAAUGAACAGGGUCCAGAAUUGAAUAGGAGAAGGAAAGUGGGCAAAAAUGUUUCUGGGAAAGUAUUCAAUAUUUUUAAUGAUCUUAAGUUUCUCUCUGAAACAUAGACCCAUCUUUCUCUUCUCCUUUCUUCAGUUUUCUCUCUUCCCAUUCAUUUUCUUUUCUUUUAUCUUCAGUAUUUGUCCGAUGAUGGAAAUACUGUCUUUUCUGAAGGAAUAAAGUUCAGAACAUUGCAAAGGGGAGAGGAGAGGGAUAUGAAAGAUACAAAUUGUUCCUAGCAUUUUAUCAAUAAAGUGUGCAGAAGUGUCUCUCCUCCACUCCAACUAGUGACCUCCCUGGCUUCCUUUAAAUCUCAGCUAAAACCCUAUUUUUUAAUGGAAACUUUCCUAAUCCUUAAUUCUGAUGCUUUCCCUCCGUCAGUUCCUAUUUAUCCUGCAUAUAGCUUUCUUUGUUUCUAUUCGUUUUGCACGCUUUCUUCCCCAUUAGACUGUGAGUUCCUUGAAGGGGAGGGGAAUUGAGGGCAGUCUUUGGCCCCUUUUUGUAGCCCCAGUGCUCCGCAGUGUCGGACCCAUUUGUAGAGUAACCAUUUUUUAGUCAUGUCUGACCCCUCAUGUCCUUAUUGGAGGUUUUCUUGGUUUGCCAUUUCCUUCUCCAGCUCCUUUUGUAGAUGAGGAAAUUGAAGUAAACCGGGUCAAAUGAUUUAGGGGAGGCAAUUGGAUUGGAAAUGAAUCGGAUUUGAGCUAGGACUAAGCUUAGCCCCCAGCCUCACUUUGUCCUCUGGUGCUUACUGGGUCCAGCAGGCAGUGUAGAUCCGGUUGGCUGGAUAUGGCCCUCAUGCUAGCGUGCUAAGGGCUGGAGAUGCGGCAAAGGAAGGCAAAAGAUUUUUCUUGGCCCUCUCUGUACUUAAGGAGUCUCAGAUUCGUAGAGAUCCAACUGGUGGCCAACCCUGCUAGGCGAGGAUUUGCAGGUAAACCCCUUAUCGCCUCUAUUAUGGCUCAGGACAUGUUUGCUAAGCAGCGGUGAAAAGUAAAACUCCUGAGAGAAGGAGCUGUUACAUUUUAGAAACAACCUUGCACCAUAAGUAGGCGCCCCAUAACUUUUCCAGGAAUCUGAGGUAAAGCUCUGUCUAGCGCGGAGCCCCCGCAUCUGUCAGAAUUUCGUAAUCCGCAUCCACCAAGUGGCCACCGCACUCCAGGUGGCGGAUGCGCUCAUUGGCUGCCCGAGAUUGCCUGGGAGUGAGGCUCUCUAGCCCCGGUCUCUAUGGUUUGGGAAAUCUUCUGGGCUUUGUGGGUGGGGGGCGGGCGGUGGGGGUGGUGAUGGCGGUGGUGUCUUGACCAGUUCGCCGCCGCGCGUGCGCGUAGCCCAGCGUGUACCCGUGGGUAACUGCUGGCUGCCGCGGGGAGGGGGCGGGAAGCGUUGCGGCGGCGGCCGCCGCGGCCCGGGCCCUGAGAGCCGUUUGUCGGCUGAGCAGAUCGUUGUGCGCGGGGAUCUGCCGGUCGCCUUCAGUCCUCAGUGUCGCGCCACCGCCAGCCGCCGGACCGCCAGAUGGUGGGGCCGGAGGAUGCUGGCGCCUGUCCGGGAAGGAAGCCCAGACUAUUCCCUCCGCCGGGGCCUGAGCCCGGGGGCCGCGACGGUAGGAUGAUCGGGGCUACUGGCGGCCCCGGGGGCGGCCGCGGCAGCUGCUGCCUGGAGCCGCAGGAGGAGGGGGAGGAAGAGGAGGAAGAAUCGGAGGAGGAGGAAUCGGAGGAGGAGGAGGGGGCGACGCCGCCGCCUCAGCGGCUGAUUCAGCGUUACUUGGCGGUGACUGGCGGGCAGCUGGAGCCGGGGCUGUGCCACUGUAGUCCGCUCUCUGGCAGCCAGGCCGGCCGCCCCCCGCGCCUCUGCGGGGACGAGUCGGACGGGAAGCCCCCCCAGGGCGGCGGCCCGGGGUCCCCGCGCCCGAGGAUGACCAACGGCGACUCGAGCUUCCUGCUGGGCCCGGGCUGUCAGGACCUCGAGGCCGGCGGGCUACCCCUGCCCGCCCGGCCCUGCCCGCAGUCGGCCCCGGAGGGAAACGGCGGCGGGAGCUUCCUCCGCUUCCCCCGGGAGCCGCGUUGCUGCCGCGCCUCCAGCUCCCGCCGCAUGCCCGGGGCCGACUGCGGCGGCGAGAGCCCGCCCGACGGGACGACGCCACUGGAGGACCCUCUCCGGAGCUGCCGCCUGGGAGCAGCGGAGCCAGGCGGCUCGGGUUCUGAGGCCCCGCCACCGGCCGAGCCCGGAGCCCCCCAGCGCGGCGGGAUAACUGAGCAGAGGACUCCGGGGGGGCCCCCCACUGAGCCGGGUUUUAGCUUCACAGACGUGAACUUGAACUCUCGCAACACGUACGAGGUGAGCCGCAGACAGAGCGCUCCGGACUACCUGGCCCAGGCGGGGCUUCUGCUGCCCCCGCCCGCCUCGGAGCUGGGCCCGGCGGGGGCUGCGGCCAAAGCCCGGAGGAGCGGCGGCGGCGGCGGCUUUGCGGACUUCUUCGCCAGAAAUUUUUUUCCAAAAAGGACAAAGGAAUUGAAAUCUGCUGUCCAUAGUGCUCCUGGCUGGAAGUUAUUUGGUAAAGUCCCACCCAGAGAGAAUCUGCAGAAAGCUUCUAAAAUUAUUCAGCAGGAAUAUGAAGCGCGAACAGGAAGGACAUGUAAACCUUCACUUCCAUCCACAAGACGUAAAAAUUUUGAAUUUGAACCACUUUCAACUACUGCUCUCAUUCUUGAGGACCGACCAUCAAAUCUUCCUGCCAAAUCAAUUGAAGAAGCUUUACGUCAUAGACAAGAAUAUGAUGAAAUGGUGGCUGAAGCUAAAAAACGAGAAAUUAAAGAAGCACACAAAAGAAAGCAAAUAAUGAAAGAACGAUUUAAACAAGAAGAGAAUAUAGCAAGUGCAAUGGUGAUAUGGGUCAAUGAGAUACUACCAAAUUGGGAAGGAAUGCGUAGUACAAGAAGAGUUCGAGAAUUAUGGUGGCAAGGACUGCCCCCUAGUGUUCGUGGGAAAGUGUGGAGUCUAGCUGUGGGAAACGAACUUAACAUCACUCCGGAACUUUAUGAAAUUUUUCUUUCCCGAGCAAAGGAACGAUGGAAAAGCUUCAGUGAAACAAGUACAGAGAAUGAUGUAGAAGAUGUAGGUGUAUCAGUUGCUGACCGAGAAGCUAGUCUGGAAUUAAUUAAACUGGAUAUAUCUCGCACAUUCCCUUCUCUCUACAUCUUUCAGAAGGGUGGUCCUUAUCAUGAUGUGUUACAUAGUAUCUUAGGAGCAUAUACGUGUUACAGGCCUGAUGUUGGUUAUGUCCAAGGGAUGUCCUUCAUUGCUGCAGUACUCAUUCUCAACUUGGAAGAAGCAGAUGCUUUCAUUGCUUUUGCAAAUCUCUUGAAUAAGCCAUGCCAGUUGGCCUUUUUCCGUGUAGAUCAUAGUAUGAUGUUGAAAUAUUUUGCAACAUUUGAAGUAUUUUUUGAAGAAAAUCUCUCCAAACUGUUUCUUCACUUCAAGUCCUACAGUCUUACUCCUGACAUAUACUUGAUAGACUGGAUCUUCACGCUGUAUAGCAAGUCACUUCCACUUGAUCUGGCCUGUCGAGUUUGGGACGUCUUUUGUAGAGAUGGAGAAGAAUUUUUAUUUAGAACAGGAUUAGGAAUCCUUCGAUUAUAUGAAGAUAUACUUCUGCAAAUGGACUUUAUUCAUAUAGCACAGUUUUUAACCAAACUGCCAGAAGACAUCACAUCAGAAAAGCUUUUCAGCUGUAUAGCAGCUAUUCAGAUGCAAAAUAGCACCAAAAAGUGGACACAGGUGUUUGCAUCUGUAAUGAAGGAUAUUAAAGAAGGGGACAAGAACCAUAGUCCAGCACUGAAAAGCUAAUCUUCACAAUUAAAAGACUAAUUGAAAUAUAGAAAACAAUUUAAUAAAAUACCUUUUUUCUAUGUGAAAAACAUUAGAGAAAACUAUUGGAGAAAUCCAGAAGAAUCAAGAGAGAUGGACAGAUGUCGAUUUUUCACUCAGUGGCAAAAGUAGAUAAAUGGAUAUCCUAUUAUUGCCAGUAUUAUUUUUAACAAGUGUUGUGUGGGGAAAACAGUUUUCACAAAGAAAAACUUUGAAAGUUGCUAGUUCAUAUUCCAUAAUCUGAGGUAAAGAAUUUAAUGCAAUAAAAUUUUUAAAUAAUCUUGGUUGGUACUUAAAGGUUUUGAGGCAUGAUUAAUUUCUUUUUAACAAGUAUUAGAAAGGCACUUUUGGAGGUCAAAAGGGGGCAUGUUAAAUAGCCUGAACCCCAAACUAGUUUCUGAACCAAACCCCUCAGUACAGAUAUUACCUCCAGAUUUAACCAGUUGAAAAUAUUAUGGACCAAAUACAUUUCUUUGUUUUCUAUGUGCCUAAGACUAUGAAACAUUGGGUUAAACUUAUUUGGGCCACUGAUGUCAUUCGGUUUCAUCCAUCAGUUGGAGCAAAUAUGUCUUAACUCAGGAACUGGACAUAUUGGUGGUAGAUUGUACUACACUGGUUUCAGGUAUUUCUUUUCUGUAGUAUUUUAUGUUCAUUAUUGAAGAAAAAUUAUGUGGACAUUCCUUAAGAGAAUCUUACCAACAAAGGAAUGUUAGUCUUUCCAUUUCUAGUCUAAGAAAUGAUUUUAUUCAUGAAGUCAUAAAAACACUAUAAAAAUGGGAAAAAAUAGUGGAAGGAAAAGCUUUUCUUGCACUUUAGUGAGCAGAAGUUUUGGCUUUUGGCAGUCAAUCUGUAAAAGUAAGGUUUUACAGUGAUUUUUUUAAUCACAGUAAAGAAACUACCCUAGUAUGUAAGGCUGACAGUUUUAAGUAGCAUGGUGCUUGGCAAAGACUUGACAUUCUUUGUACUUAAAAUCCUUCCACUGUUGAACAUCGAAAUUUUGUAAAUAUAGAUUUGACAUUUGAAAAUUUAAUUUAUAGCCAAGUCAGUGACUUGCAAAAUGUGCUCUAGAUGACAAAAAAAUCUAAUUUUUUUAAUCAAUGGAAAUGAAUAGCAGUAAUACAAUUCAACAUUAACUUUUUCUAAUAAGUCGAACUUUGAUGAUAUUUAUUGUGUGUUGAUUAUGUUAAUCACUGGUAGACUUGAGAUCAAAUUUAUCACUACUACAUUUUAAUUUUGGAACUAAAACGAAUCAUUUGAAUGUUAAGAGCAGUAUCUGCAUAACAUGCUACUUAUUUAAAGAAUGCUUUUAUGUUGCAGUUUGGUUUAUAACUAUCUUUAAAGCACAUUAUUUAUAUUGUUAAUAUGUAGUCUUCAAGCUAACAGGUCUGGUAUACUUGUCAAUGUGGUGACUGCCUUUUUAGGAAUAUAGAGCCUGAGAGUGCCCAUUUAUUUCCACCCCAUUGUUUAUUCCAGCACUGUGACUUGGAAUGGCCUCUCAGUAGUUAUCUCCGAAUAGUGGGGCAGUGGAGUUUUCUCUGUGAAAUAAUAUUGGUGGGUGGUCACAUCACAGUAAGAAGCUAGCCCAAUUCCUGAAAUGAAUGAUUGUAGUCAUUCUCUCCUGCCCAGUCACCUACUUUGUUGUGUUUGAUGGUCCUGGAAAGUAUUUCAUAAUGGGUAGAGGAGCAUUGAACCCUGGCAGUAACCAUAUUGAGAAUACCACAUGUCUAAGUUAAAUUUUAUUUUUAUGUAUUCAUUUCUUUUGUUGGAACCAAGUUAUUUCUUCCAAUUUUGUUUUAUUAUUGUACAGUUUCUUUACCUUUCAAGUAUAAACUUGUAUAUAAAAAUGUAAAUACAAGGGAUACAUUAAAGACCACUAAUAACAAUUCCUAUGUAAAUAAAAUUGUAAGCAGAGUAAUUACUUGAAAUGAGUCUUCAUUACUUUUGGGUUAUCUGCAUUAAUUAACCGAAGCUGGAAAAUAACUAAACUUUUUUGCCAAAUAUUUCUUGCUUAGCAUUGCCCUAGCCCUUUGGUCGAAAAGGACUGGCAGUAUUGGCAGCUGCACUGGCAUACUGUACUUGCCCAUGAGCCAUUUGUAUACAGUUCAUAUUGUGUAUGUGUAAGAUAGCUACUUUAUUAAAACUUUCUUUUAGAUGGAAAACAUUUUACUAUGUCAUCAUAAUGUGGUUUAAUAUAGUAUUAUUUUGCUUAUAUACGUAUGCAAAGUAACUUUUUAAAAAAGUUGGCAGCAUAAUAUUUUCUUAUUCCCAUCACCUUUAGUGCAGAGGGAUGCCUCUAGUUUACAGCCAGGUAUUACUCCAGAUGCUGCUAGAAGCACUGUAUAUAUAUAUAUAUUAUAUAUAAGGCAAUAUAUAUUAUAUAUAUAUAUAUAUAUAUAUAAUGCCUAUGGUCAAACACCUUUAAGUGAUUAGUACUGAACUCUGAAGAGAAAAUCCAGCACUAGCAAGAAGGCACAGAAAUUUCUAAAGUUUCUUAAGAUUAACAGCUUUUCCAGUAGCUUUGAAUUGAUGUUCUUUUUCUCUAGUUCUAUUCACUCAAUAUAGUUGCACUAAUAUGUGUAUUCAAAACUAUGAUACCAAAUCAUUUUUAAUUGACAUCAUAAGGCAUUAUAAUUCUUUUUGGUAGCAACAAAUUUGCCUAUUUCUUAUCUUGCUAAUGAAGGUUGUUUUUAAAAUCAAUUUGCAUACCGUGAAAGAAUAAGAACAAAUUGGAAAUAAAGCAGCCUAUCGUACAGGGAAGUCGCUCUGAAAUUUUAAAUUUGCUGGUGGGUAAUCUACCCUAUAUUGAUAACGAGUUGUAUCUGUGUGGUAUAAAUGAGAUAUUUUAAUAUCAAGCCAUUGCCAAGUUUUGAUAAAAAAAGCUGUCACAGAUUCCCAUAUAUAGUAAAACUUUAUUAAAUUGGACUUCAACUGAUCAGCAUUUGUGAAAAUUUGAGUAGAGAUAAUGUACCUUUUAGUUUUUCUAGAAAAGGAAGAGUUUAAAUAAAACUUUAAAGAAAUUGUUUAGUUACCUGAGAGAAACAGACUUAUCUAGGGCUUUUUUAGUAGCUUUCAUUAACAUGUAAUUAAAUUGCAAAGUAGCAAGGCCCAUAGGUACUUAGGUAAUCUUUUAAUAUGCUAAUUAUAAAUCAUUGUCUAUUUAUUAAAAACAAUGUUUCUUUCAUACCAAACUUUUUUUUUAGGUUUCCUUUAGUUCUGCAUGUCCUAGAAAUAAGUAAAAUUUUCAUUUUUUUGAAGGUAUCCUUUCUAUAUUUUAUUAAUUCAGAUUAGUCUUCCCAUAAUUAGUCCCACUUGGUGAAGUUUUUCCACUUGCUGCAGGCUGAAUUUAUCUUUUUGUGACCAUUCUUAAAGGAAAUCAACUUUCUGCUGCAUAGCAAAAGCUUUUCAUUUGUUAACAUUAAGAAAAAUGGAAACUUUCAUGGUUUUAUUAAAAGUGACUUUUGUACAAUUACAAUGUAUUUGGAAGUCAAUUUUGUAAUAAACAUGUUAUGAUAAAAUUGAUACAGCCUUGAUAGUAAAUGUAAAAAUAGAGACGAGAAUUGAUUACA